GGUAAUCGAACUACUCGCCCAUCUCUAGUUGAAAGAGAGAGAAAAUUAAAUGUUUGUUUUUUAUUAAUCUUAAUAAUCAAUUGUUUUUUAAUUAAUUAAUUUGUUUAACUUCACUGGAUCCUCUUUCUUUCCUGUGGACAAUUUUAAUUCAUUAUCUCAACUCGUCUAAGUUUUAUUCCUUUAGUGUUUUGUCAAUCAUCUCUCUCGCUUCUCUCUGUCUACUCCUCUCUCUCUCUCUCUCUCUCAGUCUCUCUCUACCUCUCUCUGUCUCUCCUGUUUGUCAAUCAUCUCUCUCUCUCUCUCUCUAUCUUUCUUUUGCCUUUUCUAGUUUUUCUUUAUUCUGUUUUAAAUGAUUAACUGUGUUGUUUUAUUUUCAAUAAUCCCAUCAAAGCUCAUUCUAGUCUUAUUUAGACUUUAAACUAUUGCAUCUCAUUCAUUGACCAUCUUUUAGUGUUUAUCUUGAUUCGCUAUCAUCUCUUACUUUUUACUUUCCUAUUUCUCUAUCUCUCAUUUUUUUCUCUUCUCUAUUGUAUCAUUUCUUUCAUUUUGUUUCUCUUCUUCUUCUCUCCUCUCUUACCCAUUUCUCUGUUACUGGUCUCUCAAAAGCUUUCCUCUCACUCUUUCACUCUCUCUUACUCUCUCUUUCUUUCUCAUCUCUAUCAUUUCCAAUCUUCACAAGCCAAAAUUGGAUCCAUCUUUUCCAGAAUGGCCUGCUGUCUGUCAGAGGAGGCCAAGGAACAGCGAAGAAUCAAUAACGAAAUUGAACGACAGUUGAGAAAAGACAAGAGGGACUCCAGACGUGAGUUGAAACUACUGCUUUUAGGUACCGGAGAGUCUGGUAAAAGUACCUUCAUCAAGCAAAUGAGGAUUAUCCAUGGAAGCGGAUACUCCGAUGAAGACAAGAGAGGAUUUAUUAAACUUGUCUUCCAGAAUAUUUUCAUGGCUAUCCAAAGCAUGAUUAAAGCCAUGGAUAUGCUGUGUAUCCAAUACAAGGAUCCAAGAAAUAAAGAAAAUGCCGAAUUGGUCCGAUCAGUUGAUUAUGAAACUGUUACAUCAUUUGAACCCCCUUAUGUCGAAGCUAUUAAAAGUUUAUGGGUUGAUCCUGGUAUCCAGGAAUGUUAUGAUAGAAGAAGGGAAUACCAAUUAACCGACUCUGCCAAAUACUAUCUAAGCGAUAUUGAUAGGAUCGCUGCUCCAGAUUAUUUACCCACCCAACAGGAUAUACUCCGAGUUCGGGUACCAACUACGGGUAUCAUUGAAUACCCAUUCGACUUAGACUCUAUCAUUUUCAGGAUGGUAGACGUAGGUGGCCAAAGGUCCGAGAGACGAAAAUGGAUCCACUGCUUUGAGAACGUCACCUCAAUUAUUUUUCUGGUUGCCUUAUCCGAGUACGACCAGAUUUUAUUCGAGUCAGAUAACGAGGUGAAUCGUAUGGAGGAAAGCAAAGCGUUAUUUAAAACGAUAAUAACGUAUCCAUGGUUCCAGAAUUCCUCAGUGAUUCUAUUUCUUAACAAAAAGGAUUUGCUAGAUGAAAAAAUAAUGCAUUCUCAUCUUGUCGACUAUUUUCCAGAAUAUGAUGGCCCAAAGAAAGAUGCAAUUCAUGCUCGGGAGUUCAUUCUGAAGAUGUUCGUCGAUCUGAACCCCGACAGCGAAAAAAUUAUUUACUCUCAUUUCACAUGUGCCACGGACACGGAGAACAUUCGUUUCGUGUUUGCUGCAGUAAAAGACACUAUAUUGCAGCUAAACUUAAAAGAAUACAAUUUGGUGUAGCCAGUAUUAAAAAAUUUCUUCCUUUUCCCAUUAAAUAAGAAUUUAAUAAAUACCAUUCUUGAAUUUAC